GCAUCAUGUUUGUGUGUGAAGUGGAGGGGAGAAAAUGCCCUUUUGUGCCUGAAGUCAGAUUUGCAGCAGGGACCUGCCCAGAGUUGGCUGCUUGAGGAAGCGCGAAGGACACCUCGUCUGCAAAAUCGAAAUGGAUGGUGGCAAAAAGGGGCAAAUAGGAACCAUGAACUGUCCAAGGUGGUAAAGGCACAGUGCCUGCUGGGACUGGCUCAACCUUGUUUAUCCCCAGACCUGGCAUGGUGUUACUGUGAGCAAGGCUUUUUAUUGGUGGCUCCUGCCAAGCUGACAUGUCUAUGAGGAGGGCAGAAGGUGUGUCCAUCAUCCAGGCCUUGGCCAUGACUGUGGCAGAGAUACCGGUCUUUCUCUAUUCCACAUUUGGCCAGUCUAUUUUCUCCCAGCUGCGUCUUUCCCCAAGCUUGAAGAAGGUGCUGUUUGCCACAGCGCUUGGGAGUGUAGCACUGGCCCUAACUGCUCACCACCUGAAGAGGCGUGGUCGGAAGCGCAAGCAGGUGACAUCGGGACAGGAUGCUCAGAAGGCCCAGGCAAUCCCAGAAACAUUACUGAAGUCAGCUAGACCAUCUUCACUGAAACGAGGCACCUUUCCCGGGAGACAUAUGAUGAGCCCCAGCACACGAAGUAAUGACACCAUGAGUGGCAUCUCCUCUAUUGCACCCAGCAAACACUCAAGUUCCUCCCACAGCCUCACCUCAAUGCGGGUUCCAGCUUCUCCAAAUCAGUCUCCCAAUUCUGUAAAUGCCUGGGAGGCGGCGCCGGUGGAGGAGGAGCCAGGGACAGUGGAUGAUUCAAAUGUAGAAAAUCUCUAUAUCAUGGGGAUGGAGCUGUUUGAAGAGGCAUUGCACAAGUGGGAACAGGCACUGAACAUCCGCCACCGUGCCCAGUCAAAUACCUCCAGCAGCAAUAGUCUCGUGGUCCAGGGGGUGGACCCUCCAGAUAAGCCAGCGACAGAGUCACGAAAUAAAGUUUUUGCUGAGAAGCUGGAGACACUUCUGCACCGGGCAUACCACUUACAGGAGGUUUUUGGAACCACCAUUCCCACAGACAGCUUGCUGGCAGACUUUGAGAGUGAAGGCACCCUCAUCCUGCCAAGUGUGGAGAGCUGUAACCAGCAGCGAGAGGAUGACACCACUACCAUCUCCUCAGAGGAGUCCUUCUUCUCUGCAGCAGAGCUCUUUGAUACCUUCUCCUUGGAGGAUGUUUACCAGCCCCUGAGGCCAGCCUCUCUCUAUGAGGAGGCCCUGUCCUUGGUGAGGGCGGGCAGUGUCACAUGCAGGUCCAUUAGGACAGAGCUUCUAGAAUGCUACAGUGACCAAGAUUUCUUGGCAAAGCUGCACUGCGUGAGGCAGGCUUUUGAUGUUCUAUUGAUCGAUGAAACCCAUCGGCUGUUCUUCAGUGAAACAGGGAAACAGAUGAUCAUGGGGCUGAUGUCUAAGGCCAACAAGAGUCCCAAAGCAUUUCUUGAGAGCUAUGAUGAAAUGCUUCGCUACACCCAGAGGAUGGAGACCUGGUCUACGACAAAGAUGGAAUUAGAGGGCCGAGGGGUGGUGUCCAUGAAUUUCUUUGACAUUGUGCUGGACUUCAUCCUAAUGGAUGCAUUUGAGGACCUUGAAAGCCCACCCUCUUCUGUGGUGGCAGUCCUUAGAAACCGCUGGCUCUCUGACAGCUUCAAAGAAACGGCAUUAGCAACAGCUUGUUGGUCAGUUUUAAAGGCCAAGAGACGCCUUCUGAUGAUCCCCGAUGGCUUCAUCUCACGUUUCUACUCCAUUUCUGAGCAUGUAAGUCCAGUUCUGGCCUUCGGUUUCCUUGGACCUAAACAACACCUCAGUGAGGUGUGCACAAUCUUUAAGCAACAAAUUGUGCAGUACCUGAAAGACAUGUUUGACCACGACAAGGUCCGCUUCACAACAGCUCAAUCCCUAGCUGAUGAUAUCCUGCGCUUAUCGCAUCGGCGGAGUGAGAUCUUGCUGGGAUACCUUGGCAUUGACAGUCUGCCAGAGCCAAAUGGGCCUAAUGGGACAGUGCCUACAGAAGCUAUUGGGUCAUCAGAGCACAGCCUGGGGCCUAUGUUAGACAUGUAGGGUGGAACUGCAACAUCUUUGUUUCAUGUGAUCUCAUCUGUUGGCAUCUUUGAACCUUUUAAGGAUUUUUAAGGACUUUUCCUGUGCUGCAGUGAAGAUGACAAUGUUGUUGUUCUCCCUUCAGUCCUCACUGUGAAGAUACAAGAAAUUCUUUUGAGAAAGCUGUAAGGUGGCUUGGUAGAGGGGAGGAGAAACCUCUUGACAGAAGAUCCACCAUCCUGCACUGGCUAGGUGUAAAUGCACCAUGUUGUGUUUGUAGAGAAGCUAUACUAUGUUGUAAAUGUUUUAGACACAGAUUUGUUCUGCUUAAUAAUUCAGCUUAAUUAUUCCUAUGGCAAUACAGAUCUAAGAAAGGUAAUUGCUAAUAAGUGAGGUAAUAAAAUGAUGGUGGCAUCAGGUUUUCAAUGAAUGGAUGCUGAGUGAAACAAAACAUCAUAAAUCACCAUCUCUGUUGUCAUGCCUCCAAAACAUGUCAUUAUGAUAUACGUAGUAGGUGCUGCCUAGCCAGAAGAUUGUUUUUAACGGAAAGCUGCUACCUUCAGGACAAACAACAAAUGGUUAAAAUCUGUCUCUUUUGAAAGAGAGCAAUUAUUGCCUGUUCACUUGUGGCAUUCCAGUAAUUAGCUGUAAGACCCUCAAUUCUCACAAAAUUUAAUAUGUGCACUAAAUGAGUGCCUUCACAGUACGGUGCUGGGUUAAUGUAUGGGGCAGUACCUCUUCCAUUUGAUUAAAUUGACACUUGUGUAUGUCUGCUACUGCUUUAUUAUUAUCGUCUGAAAGGGUGGUGGUCUCCUUCAGUGUAGGACAGCACGUCAAGUAACAUGGUGUUGAGAUGGUGUGAGUGGCUGCAAUGAACUUUAGCCUGAGGAUGAAUCUACUCCUUGUGAAGAAAUAAUUUCAUUGGUUGAUUUCUGAAGAGAUCUUAAUAUGCGUAACAAACUGCCAAGGUAGUACAAGAGGGCUGUGAAAUUGUCAUGGAGAAUUUUAGUUGACUUAGAUUGGCUCUCCUCUUGCAGAAGCCUUUGACCUUUUCAAGUCAACCAAUAAAAUUAGUGUUACUGUCAGUUUCAUGUUGUGAAAUACUCUGUCCUCAAGCAACUUUUCAUAAAAGCUUUGUGGUUUGUUUUAAAAUGGUUGUAAAAUGUUAAGUGCUUCUGGUGAGGUUUUUUUGACCAUCUUGUUUCACUGCUUCCCAGCAUACUCCGUCCUUAUCUUUUUGCCAUAUUUGCACUUUAUCCAAUAUGACUUUCAUAGGUUCUCCUUAGUAAUUUUUGAAGUCACAUUAUUGGAGUCUGGUACAGCAUUUAGAUACUUUCCCAUCCUGAGAGUUGGAUGAAUUGUAAUUUAUUACAGAAAAUAUUCAGAGAAACUAUAAAAUAUUUUAGGUAAAGUUAGUUUUUGAUGGACACAAAUGUUCUUCAAAAAGCUUGAUGAAUUGCACUUUUCAUUUUUUUUUUUUUUU